UUGUUGAUGCGCUAUAUUAAUCCCAACUUUUAAUAUCACUCCUCAUUUUACAUUCAAUAAAUCAUCAUGCCCCCGAACAACACCCAAGAAUUAGGCACAAUCGGUUUCAAAUCACGAAUUCCCGGAUUCGGCGUCAAAGAAAAAAGUUCUCGAGUUUGGCUAAACGGAAGAAAACAAAUCGACGGGGCCGAAAACGUUUUUUGGAGAGUCCACGAUGGACUUUAUGAUUUAACCGGGUUUAUUAAAAACCAUCCCGGAGGAUCACAAUGGUUAGAAUUAACACAAGGAACUGAUAUAACCGAAGCUUUUGAGGCACAUCAUUUGAGUGAAAAGCCAGAAAAAUUACUUGAAAAGUUUUAUAUCAAGGAUGCUAUAACUGAGAGGGUGUCACCUUACACUUUUAAAAGAGAUGGGUUUUAUAGGACACUAAAAAAACGAGUUGGAAUUAUUUUAAAAGAUACUCCAAAAAUCCCGAUAACGAUUUCAAAAUUUUAUGCAGAUUCUUUAUUAAUUUUAACAUUUUUAACAUCGUUAUUAGCAUGCAACUUUGGAAAUUAUUUCCUUGUUGGAUUAUCCGGAUUUUUUCUCGCAACCGUUAUCAUCUCAGCUCACAAUUAUUUCCAUCAAGCCGAUAAUUUUAGGAUGUUUUAUUUCCAAUUAGGAUUUCAAAGUGUUAAAGAAUGGAGAGUUAGCCACGCUUUAAGCCACCAUUUAUUUCCAAACACCAUAAUCGACAUGGAGAUGUACAUUUUUGAGCCAUUAGCAACGUAUUUUCCAAAAAAUAAAUCUUUUUUGAAGCGUUAUUUACCCUGGUUGGUUUCACCAUUGAUUUGGUGUUUAGUUUUUCAUGGAAGUUUCUUUUUAAGGCUCCGCGAAUUCUUUAAAUACAACAAAAAAGAAUUUAAUAUUUCCUAUUUAAUUCCAUUUUCUUUACCGAUUUUUCUUGUAACUUUCUCAAAUCAACCAGUAAUAACUUGUUUUUAUUUUUGGACUUGUAUCAUUUUAUCCGGUUCGUUUAUUUUCGCUAUCAUUGGAAUUAAUGCAGCACAUCAUGCUCCUGAUAUCUUCCAUGAUGGUGAUGCUGCGAGGAAUGAAAAAGAUUUUGGGAUAGCUCAAUUAGAUGCAGUUAUGGAUCGCGAGGAGAUUUUGGGGUCGCAUUUAUGGACUUUGACCACUUUUGGGCAACACGCUCUUCACCAUCUUUUCCCAACGAUCGAUCAUGGAUUGUUGAAGUUUAUUUACCCAGUGUUUGAGGAGACCAUGAAUGAAUUUGGUGUUGGUUUGAGGUUAUCAAAUAGUUUUAAGUUGAUGAAGGGGCAAUUUAGACAAAUUGCUAAAGUUGAACCGAAUUUAAUUCCUCCUGGAUUUGAUUUAAUAAAAAAUAAAUAAAAAUUUUGUGAAAUUA